AUGGAACGUGGGUUCUUACCUGAUGACGUCCUUUUCCAGCAGAGAAGGUGCCAAGAGGCGGAGUUACCCAAUAUCAAGGAUGCUCGGACCUUCUCUGCUGGAAAAGGACGUCAUCAGUAUCCACAGAAUCCAACAUGGCGAAGUCUGGACUUUGGCCUAAUGCCUGAUCGUCUUGAUACGUCAGUGUCCUGUUUUGUGGUGAGGAUAUGGGGUGGCAAGAAUGACACCUAUCAGCUACUGAUCGAGUGGAAGGUUAAUCUAGAUGGACUGAAAUAUGUGGGCCAGCAGAUACAUGCUCGCAGUCCAAAUGAAAUUAUUUUUGGGCUAAAUGAUGGUUAUUAUGGAGCAUCCUAUGAACAGAAGGGCCACUCAGGAACCCAGAAGAAUAACCUCCUCCAGGUGGAUCAGAACAGUGUUCGUAAUUCAUAUGAUGUCUUCUCUUUGCUUAGGCUCCAUCGGGCCCAGUGUGCAAUCAAACAGACUCAGGUAACUGUUCAGAAAAUAGGAAGAGAGAUUGAAGAGAAACUGAGGCUUACAUCUACAAGCAAAGAGCUGAAAAAGGAGAGUGAGUGUUUACAGUUGAAGAUCUUGGUGCUACGAAAUGAGCUAGAGAGGCAGAAAAAAGCCCUGGGCCGAGAGGUGGCCUUAUUACAUAAGGAACAAAGUACACUAUUUGACAGAGGAAAUGUGUUUGAAGAGGAAUAUCAGCAGCUCGUGCUGGACAAAGAACCCCUGCAAGAGUUGAGGAAAGAAUGCACUGCUAAGAGAGAGCAGUUCUUGAAGACAAAUGCACAGCUGACCAUCAGAUGUAGGCAAUUACUUUCAGAGCUUUCCUAUAUUUACCCUAUUGAUAUGAAUGAUCAAAAGGAUUAUUUUAUUUGUGGAGUCAAGUUGCCCAAUUCUGAAGACUUUCAAGCAAAAGAUGAUGGCAGCAUUGCAGUCGCUCUGGGUUAUACUGCUCACUUGGUCUCCAUGAUUUCCUUCUUCCUGCAAGUGCCACUCAGGUAUCCCAUUAAUCACAAGGGCUCCAGGUCUGCAAUCAAAGAUAACAUUAAUGACAAACUGACAGAGAAAGAGAGAGAGAUAGGUAAUAAGGAACAAUUGAGGCUGCGGAUGUGGCAGGAGUGUGCUGUCAACUAGCACCUUUGAAUUACUGGCAGUUAUUUACUGGCCAAGAAACAGC